AUUGAUAACAUUAACUGGUACUGCUUGUGUUUAUUUAUUGAACCUGUGUUGUUGCAUACAUGUAUUGAGACUCGGGUGAGCGUUACGGAGUCCACGGAUUUUGGGGAAUUUCGCAACACCCUGUUCGAUAGACACGUGAUAACAGUCUUUUUAGAGUAAAUAAAACCCCUAGAAAGUUAUAUUGUCGGCCCACUUUUACAGGAAUCGCCGGUGUAGAAACAUGAAUCUGCUGUCCCUCUUCACCAUCCCACUGCUGUGUCACGUGACUUGGGGAUGCUGUACCCCCAAACAAUGGAGCGGAAACAUGGAUUAUCUGGUCGGCAGCAGCGCAGGACUGGAGACCGGAAUUGAGAAGGUUUACUAUGAUGCCAAAAACACCAAAAUUGCCUCGAUUUUUGACAUACAUAAGAAUGGUGCACUAUAUAAAGGACAAGUUGUGAUGGACUAUGAAAAAAAAGUUCAGUACGCCGUUGUAGAUGGACGUUGUAACACCACACGACUGAAAGCAAAAUUCCCGGAGGCCUGUAUACCAGCUGGAAGCAAACAGCUGUCAAACACACAUAUGGGCACCGCAGAUGACAGCCUAGAUGUCACUGUGUAUGAAUACCCACUCAAAUUUGCAGAUAUGAUGGGAAAUAUUUACUUCACAUUUACCAAUAAACUCUGUGUCCCUGUUGGAGAUACUGUCACUGGAUCAAGAGGAGGUGUUGGUUUCAUGGCUUCAGUUGGAUAUACAGGAAUUGAACCUGGCAUCAAAGACCCCCGAGUCUUUGACAAACCAAGAGAGUGUAGCAGCUUUGUUGAGGAGAUUGAAAUGGAUCUCUAUGAAAAGUUUGGGUUUGUGAACCACAAAAUAUCCAGCCUGUUUCAGAGCAGAAAAUUCCACUAAAACUGCAGAAAGGAUCCCUGAAGAGGAAGCGUCUCGUGGAGAUUAUGUCAUAAUGUAGAUGUUUUAGAUGAAUUAUAUGAGUCCAUGAAUCUGUUGGUCUAUAGAGAAACAUUCCAGACUGUGUACUUGUUUGAAGCAUGCUGUUUUAGAUCCAAUCUGAGCGACAAGAUGAAGAAAGAGGAGCGGAUCGAGGAUCUGAUUUUAAUCAGAUUGUUUUAGAUCAUGCGUCUUUUCAAAAGACUCUUUUUUGUACCAAAACAUUUUUUGCUUGAUUGAAAACUUCUGAUUUUUAAAAUCUCCACAAUCUUGUACAAUAAAAUUUUAUACAAUAAAA